CGCAAGUGUGUCCGUUGCGCUGCUCUUCUCUGUAGCUGCCACAUUUAAGGUCCACCACCAUCUUCGCCCCCUGUACCUUCUCAGGCCGGAGCCACUCUCUUCUUGCGAUUCCACUGCCCUGAGCAGCACUUAAGAAUCCGCAGCGUCCCUCCGGGACCAUUCUUUCAUUAUGUCGACCGACUACAACUAUGACGAGCAGGGACAAUUCUUCCCCUACUUCGUCACGACGAUCACUGGACUGGUGACCAUUCCAGUAACCAUUUCGCUGCUCACCCGCAGCAAAGAGCUAGAGAACACCGCGCCGAGAAUACAGUCCGACUUUACCCCCGGCCAUGCGGAUCUUAUCGAAGGGCAAAGGCGCAAGCAGAAGAGGAAGGAGCGCAAACUUGCCAGGAUAAUACUCGCCAUCAGCGGAUGGCUAGUCAUCGCGUGGAUGGUUUACCUUAUGGCAGUCACGGCGAGAACUGCACCAAAGAUCUGGGACCCUUAUGAGGUCCUGGGUGUCUCGAGGUCCGCAAACGAAAAGCAGAUCAAGUCGCAUUACCGCAAGCUUUCUCUUACCCAGCACCCCGACAAGGCCCAGCCUGAUGCCGCGAAGAACACGACCAUUGAAUCGAUUAAUGAGAACUGGGUUGAAAUCACCAAGGCUUUCAAGACGCUUACCGACGAGGAAAUCCGCAAUAACUAUCUGCAAUACGGGCAUCCUGAUGGCAAGCAAAGCUUCAGCAUAGGUAUUGCGCUGCCCAAAUGGAUCGUCACGGAAGGGCACGGCAGAUAUGUUCUGCUCAUGUAUGGAAUUUUCCUCGGCGUUGUUCUUCCCUUCAUGGUCGGCAAAUGGUGGUAUGGUACCCAGAGAGUCACGAAGGAAAAGGUUUUGGUUUCGAGUGCGGGUAAUCUGUUCAAGGAAUACAAGACGGAUGCGAACGAGGGCAACGUACUAAACGCGUUGAGCACCGGCGACGAGUUCAAGGCCAUGUUGAAGGGCAACAAAGCCGAAGCCGGUCUCUCUACAGUGGAGUCGAGGAUCCUCAAAGAAGGCGAAACCACAACAUUUGCCGCAGGGAUGACCGUCAGGGACAAGACCAUACUGGAGGAGCUCGAUGAGGGUGCUCGGAGGAAGGUUUUGGCACUGCUGUGGGCCUACAUGGGCCGCGUUGAGCUUGAUGAUCAGACCCUUAACAACGAAAAGUUUGAGGCCGCGCCGAUUGCUCUUGGAUUAAACGAGGCAUUCACUGCGAUGACCUUGGCGUUUGGCAACGUUCAACCGAUUCUGGCUUCCUACCGUACUUCGCAACACCUUAUCCAAGCCAUGGCUCCCGGACAAUCUCCGCUUCUGCAGCUCCCCAACUUUACUCCAACUAUCGCUCGUGAGGUCGAGGGCCACGGCGCGCGGACGCAUAUGCUUCUCCAAGAAUUCAUGAACCUCCCGGCGCAGGAGAGGCGCAAGCGUGCUGUUGGUCCCGGACUCUUGACCGAACCCCAACUGGACCAAGCAGAGAAAAUCGCUACCCAGCUUCCGCUUCUUAACAUCGAAGCCGCUUUCUUCAAGGUUACUGGCGAGAAGUUCAUCACCCCCAGCAGUCUGGUGCAGUUUGUUGUUAAGGCUCGUGUCAUUCCUCCCGGCUCUACCAACGUACCUCCGGUUAAGGACGAGGAUCUUGAGGAUGUUGACCCCAAGGAAGGCGAUCUGGAUGCUCUUCAUGGCCGCAAGAAGGGUGCUGAAGCAGAGGAAGCCAAGAAGGCUGAAACUGCCGGCCAGCCUCCUCUUGCCCACGCUCCGUACCUUGCCCGCGACCACUCUCCCAGAUGGCACAUCUUCUUGGCCGACAGCAAGCAGGGCAAGAUCGCCGUUCCUCCAUUCACCUUCACCAAGUUCGACAAGCCCUUGUUUGAUGAGCAAGGUAACCCUACUUUUAACAUGCAGACUCUCAAGAUGCAGUUCGGCGCCCCGCCUCAGGCUGGUCGCUAUCUCUUCACUAUGCACCUCGUCUGCGAUAGCUACAUCGGCUUCGAUGCGAGGGCAGAGGUUGCGCUUGUUGUUGACGAGGCUUCUAAGGCUGCCCAGAUUGAGGAGGAAGAGGAGAUCAGUGAACCGGAAGAAGACUCCCUGGCGGGCCAGAUGAACGUGCUGAAGGGCGAGCCCACGACGACGAAGCGGACGCGCAAGGCGCGUGAGGACGUCUCCAGUGGCAGCGACACCGAGGGAGAGGAGUCUGAAGAAACGAGCGAGACGGAUACGGAUACUGAUACUGAUGAAGAGUAGCCUUUCGAGCCUAUUGUACGAAUGAAAACAUUGUUUGGCGUUUAGAGAUGUUAUUAAAUUGCUGUGCUUGUUGCAAAGCAUAUGUAUGUACUUUCAAGAUUAAUUACACCGUUUGAGCUGGUCAGUAAAUUCGACAUUUAAAGGGCA